ACCGCCCGCCCGUCCGCCCGCCCGCCCGCAAGUUAAAUACAUCGAAUGAAAAUUUUAAAGCACAUAUGGAAAUAUGUCGUAUAUCCUUCAUUAAAAUAGCCUAGAUGCAUUACCUACUCAUUCACAUCACUUAAUGACAUUGGCCCAAAGAGGGGAAGAUCCAUAGCAUCAUGUAAGAAGAGAAAUCUGCAACAAAUGACGAAUGUGACGUCCAGUGUACAAAAGAAAUAAAGCUUUUAUUAGCAGUAAUUGCCACAAGUAGCUGAAAUGAGUUUGGAUUAAACAAAUAUGCAGCAAGCCAGUCAAAACUGGGCUAGAAAUAAAUCGCAAGCUUUUAUUAAUAAGCAUAGUGGUCUGAUCAGUAAACAACGUUUUUAAAAAAGUAUCGUUACUCCGGAAAUAAUCCGAAUAUACAAAAACACCUUAAUACUCAAGUAAUAAUAAUAGAUCAGCUUUUCAUGAUGAUCAACACAAGGUAGCAGAUAUCAUGAAAGUGGCAGUAUUUGUCCGUCUCCGCCGUAAUCAAAUACAACCGAGAGGAUGCAACACGUAAUACUUGUACAAACAAGUUAGCAUUCAAUAAGAUGUUUAAAUGUUAACCAGCCACAUAAUAAAAUUUCCCAGUACUAAACCUUUAGUCUGCUGAAGCCUUACGGAACCACCUACGUUGAUCUGCACGAUCACUUAUUGUUACACGUAAUAAAUUGACGAUAUCGACAACGACGACCUCCAGAAUCACGGCCGACAGGAUGUUAUCUGCGCACCGUAAUGCGAAGUACACGCCUGUAUUAACAGCCGGGACGGCAAUUAGCCUCGGUUAUGGCCUAGGACGAUGGCGAAUCGUCCUCGCUCUCAUGGCGUUGACAAUGUGUGUCUGCUUCGUGAUGUUUUUCUUCUUGCCUGAAAAUUCGGCAAUACGACAACCGAUUCUAGAUAAGCCUGUCAAUGAAUUUUUGUUGCCCAAUGUCCCACAUCAUAGAGAGGUCGUCAUGCAGCAAGACAUUCAUAUACAACAGGACAGACAACGACUAGAACAGAAGAUUCGGCGAGGUGAGAGUCUUUCCGGUGUUGCGUUGCAAUUGGACCAGGCCGACGAGAGUAGAGUACAAGAUAAUGGAAACCGGCCGCGAGAGAAUCUCCGCGAAAUCGUGAAUCAGCAACAGGUCGAAAACAUGAUCCAGAGGGUGGAAAAUAUCGAGAACAGUAACCGCAAUGGAGCUGGAGAUAACAAUGGUGUUAGUGGAAAUAUUGAGGCCAAACGGAACAAUCAUAUUGAUGUGAAUACGGGGAAAACCAGUGACAAAAAAAAAGGUUUGAGAGUGCUGCGAAGGGCAAUCAUAGACCCUAGACGGCAAGGCAUCCCACGUGAUGAGGAGACUCGACAGCGUCGCGAGAAGGUUAAAGAGAUGAUGGCUCACGCCUGGAACAACUACGUGAAGUAUGCGUGGGGUGAGAAUGAACUGAAGCCUAUCACAAGACGGGGACACAGCGCUGGAAUCUUCGGCGAGUCAAAACAAGGUGCUACCAUCGUGGAUAGCAUGGACACUUUAUAUCUUAUGGGAAUGGUUGAGGAGUUUGACAAAGGUCGACAAUGGAUUGAAAAAAAUUUAGAGAUUAAAAAUCUCGAUACAGAAAUCAGCGUCUUUGAGACAAACAUUCGUUUCGUCGGUGGUCUACUCACACUAUACGCGUUUACUGAUGACGAAAUGUUCAAACGAAAAGCGGACGAGAUUGCAACAGCUCUUCUUCCUGCCUUCAGAACUCCUACUGGAAUUCCCUAUGCUCUCGUCGUACCGAAGACGCAAAAGGCAAAGAACUACGGUUGGUCCUCGGGGGGCUGUUCCAUUUUGGCUGAGUUUGGAACGAUGCAGCUGGAGUUUGACUAUCUAAGCGAGGUGACAGGAAAACCUGUUUUUCGUGAAAAGGUCACAAAGGUUCGACAGAAACUCUACGAGGUUAAACGAACUGACGGCCUUUACCCGAACUACCUGCAUCCGAAAACUGGUGUAUGGGGGCAAGACCAUAUCUCAUUGGGUGCGCUAGGCGACAGCUUCUAUGAGUAUCUGCUCAAGGCGUACAUGCAAACCGAUGGGGAAGACGCUCAAGCCAAAGAGAUGUUUCUAUCCGCAAUGGACGCCGUAGAGCAACACCUGCUAAAGCGCUCUGAGAGAGACAAAUUACUUUACAUCAGUGAAAUGCGUUAUGGAAAAAAUGAUGCGAAAAUGGAUCAUCUGACAUGUUUUGCCGGCGGCCUGUUUGGCCUUGCCUCUACCUAUUUUGAGGACCGCGCUGACAGAUAUAUGAAAAUCGGCGCUGAAUUGACAAGCACGUGUCAUGAGUCAUAUAAUAGGUCGGAUACUGGUCUUGGCCCCGAGUCGUUCCGAUUCAGCAUCAAGGCGGGCGACGCAAAAGCGAUCAGGUUCCAAGACAAAUACUAUAUCCUUCGACCGGAGGUCAUUGAAUCGUAUUUCUAUCUCUGGCGACUUACUAAAGAUCGUCGGUAUCGCGAUUGGGGUUGGGAGGCCGUUCAAGCGAUUGAAAAGUAUUGUCGCGUCGAGGGAGGCUACACCGGAAUUAAAGACGUCUAUAAUCGGCGUGCAGCAAAGGACGACGUUCAGCAGAGCUUCUUCUUGGCUGAAACACUCAAGUACCUCUAUUUACUAUUCUCUGAAGAUGAUUUGUUACCGCUGGAUGAAUGGGUGUUUAACACAGAAGCUCAUCCAUUGCCCAUACGGAAUCGCAACCCGAUCUACAAGAGCCAGCAAUAGUUUUUUUCAAACAGUAAAUAUAAUCGUUAUUGAAGAACGACGAAAAUAUGCAGGAGGAAUUACGAUAAGACGAUAAGGAACGGGAUAUCUAGCUCAAGGGUGAUGAUGCUUUCAGACACUUACUUAUUCAGAGGUGCUAUGAUAAGUCUCCUUAUAGCUUAGUGAAAUGAGUCUUCCCUAUCUAUGAGUAUUAGCAUUGCAGCCAUAGAAUAUAUAUGCAUACAUAUUUAUUUAGAAAGAGGAAGGGAGAUGAGGUGGAUAUAGAGUAAUGUAGGUGCGUGUGGCUGUUUGCACAGCAGAAGUUAGAGAGAUGUGUGUACUUGAGAGGGCCAGUGUUUGUACAUGGACGCAGCGUUGUCAGGUCCACAGUAACGUUUCAAAAAUGGAGUAUGGGUUAAGCGUUGCUGUCAAAAUUCGCUAUUUUAGUGCAGUGACUACGAAUCAUUUAAGUGCGUUCCUCUGAUGAUGACAGAGUUAAUAGGAUAAGGGCGUUCAUUGUUGUGGCUUAAUAUGUUAAAGAAAUAAAAAAAGUUGAUUACGCGAUCUUUUAUACUAUUGUUUUAGGCACUUUUCCUUGUGUCUUAUGUUGGUUCGUGAUUUAUAUUAAGUGUUAUUUUAUGGCGCUGGUUGUCCCAUAGUUGAAUGUUAACUUGUUGAUCAGAUGCGCCGAGAAAAAGAUGUUCAUAAGAAAGCGCUGUGCUGCUGCCCAGACUGUUAAUCAUAGCUACUUCAUACCUUCGUUCAUAAUCAUCAUGAAGAUAAAUAAUAAAUGAUCAUAAUGGCCCAUGCAAAUUCCAGGUCAAAUGGAAGAGUUCAAGUUGUCAGCUGCGCUUAGACAAAAAAAUGUAUGAUUUUUUCUCAGUUUUUUCGGAUCGUCUAAGGUCAUUGAUAGAUGAAUAUCAUUACCCAGAUUAGAGAUGGCGUCGUUCAGUUUAAUCAAUAGUGAGAAAUCAAAGUAACGAUCAGGGUUCGCUAAACUCAUCGUUCAGCUAGUCAUUGUUCGUCUGCUCUUUGAGGCCACUUCUUUUGCACGUAGUGCAUCCCCAACUUUUUGGAUUCGAUCUACCAAAGGUAGACGAAUAAUGUUUCUUCGCGGAAGAUUUCAGCUUGGUAUUGGUAAUCAAAGUGCGCAUGUCAACAAUGUUUUUUUGCUGAAUGAUUAAUAUCAAAUCGCUUUGUCUUUGAGAUAGAUGGGUGCUGGCUCUGAUAGAUGACUCUAAUUGAUAGAUGCUGCUCGUGUAAACAAGGCGAUAAGAGAAAGCUGAAGUUAUAAAAAAAGUAUCCUGGCAGCAAUAGUUAAGGUUAUUAUUGAAAAUAUCAAAUCAACUCCGUGUUUUUAUGUGAGAUAGAAAAGUGACAAUGAAAGCCGUGGGUGCUAUAUGUUGGGCAAACGCAAGUUCGAGACAUACGGUACCAGCUUAUUAGUAAGCCCCUUAAGUUAUUUUAUUAUUUUGCCAUACUAAAAUGUGCGGGCGUUGCUGUUAUCGUUAUUGUUGGUCACUGAUAAUGUGAGUAAUUGCUGAUGAAAGAUCUUCACCCUAGACAGAAAGGAAACUGGUAGUACUGAAUUUUAUUUUGAGCUAUACUAGUGGAUCUUACGAAACGAAGGUUAUCUUGCCAAGCUGCUGCAUCUUUGAAGCGACUCCUCUAAAUACAUGUCGGGGAAUAAUUUCAAAUUUCUCAGUGCAAUACGAUUCGAGUCCCUCUAAAUAGAUGUAUGUUUUGAAAUAUGAGGACGUUCUUGAAGAGGAUCCUUCACAAAAAAGUCAAAUUCUGUCUUUCGAAGUACGAACCUUGUCGCCUUUUAUAACAACGGCGAAAAGCCAACAACGGUUAUCUAAAAAAUCGUAAAACAAAGAUAGCUCAGAAUACGGGCAUUAUUGCAUCCAUUAUCAACAUAAACAAUUGUGAGGUACGCUUGUCCUUUCAGUUAUAAUUCAAAUGGAGACACCGACCUUUUUCUGAUCAAACAUCUAGCUAGUGCGAGAGCCUAAUAUAGCUCGAAUAUCUUAUAGGGAAGAUGCACCCAUAAACAGGUCAAGUAUGCGUCGGACACUUUACCUUGAGAAUUUAACCAGAUAUGUACCUUAGAUAGAAACAUACGAACAAUGAAUUGAAUGAGAAUAUACUUCUUACUGGUUGCAUUGGUUUUGAAGUAUCGCAUCAGACGGUCAAAUUUAUAUACGUGUACUGUUACAACUAUUUCUACUAGUACUGAUUUCACAGCUUCGAGAUGGUGGAACCGUACAGCGCCAAGCGAUGCUUGGUGAGUCGAAUUGAGCGAGGCUUUGGUUUGCAGAAGCCCACUCACUUCCCACCAACCAGUGAGGUAAUGGCGACACUGUUUCCAAAGCCACUAUACAGUUGUGCGUGACUCAGCUACCACAAGGAUAUACUUAUUAUUGGUGGUGAUGGAAAAGGGAAACAAGAAUAUAUGGCCAUGACGAUAACAAUGAUGGAAUAGAACGAAUAAAGUCAGUAUCCCUCGUAUUCCAAUUUUUAGGAGGGAUACAAAAAUGUCGUGUCCCUGUUGUCCAGUCGGAAGGCCUUUUUCUUGGGAUUGGCGAAGCAACAAACUUCCGGUAGGGAAAAGACGAAUGCUACGUUCUAAGUACAACUAUGCCAGUGCGGUUUGACUGUCGCCAUUAUGAGACUUACACCUCAUGACUAUGACACCUGAUAAGUAAUAAUAGUAACACCUGACUACUAACUGUAGUAUAAUUCUACGCGUAAUCGAUGAUUAAGAACGUGUUUCUCUAUUCGUCUAUGUGACGAUCAUAUUACGAUACAAUUGGUAUGUACUAUUAUAAUCACUUAGUAUUGCAGGCGUAAACUUUUCUAAUUGCCAACGAGAAUGAAGUGCACGGUGCGAUAACAUCCCGUAGUAAUUUAUAGUAGUAAUAAAAUGAAUAGUAAUUAUAUUACGAUAACGCCAUGUUCAAAGCCAACGACAUUUUUUUGUAUGCCAUCGACAUAACUGUGGUUUAGACAAAAAUUUGUAUAAAUAACACAGAUUUCAAAAGUGGAAUCUGCAAGAAUAUACCAUAAUACAUUAAAUGAUAUUAAUAUAAUAACAAGUAAUGAUUAAUUGUAGUGCGGUACAUAUAUUGUAGAAUGAAUAUUACCAUAGCUAAGUACAGCACUCUAUGCUAUUGUAAAUCGAAGCAAAUGAUGUAACUCAUUAAAGUUCAUUGUAAAGUGUAAAUAAAUAAGAUACCAAUAGUUAAUGAUACCAAUUGAAAUAUUACUAGGCUUGAUACGUAAAAUAAAUGGUUUGCGUAUGAGUUGAG